AAUCUGCGCAAGUGUAUUGCGCAAAUGUGCGAACGUAAAUACUCAGGAACAAGAUGACAAUAUUGGUGUCGUGAGAAGAUAUCGUGUGAUAUAAUUCGCAACCAACAUCAGAAGACACACAUCCAUGAUGUUUAACCUAAUCUCAUCCAACCUUUCUUUAUUCAUGAGUUGUAUUCCUGUCAAUCUCUGUCCCCCGAUGUUUAUUAACGUAAACACUGCAGAUCACCUAUACUGAUUGCAAACACAUACUGAUAUAGAACUAGUUAUAUUCUUACACUUUCAGGUAUUGGAUAUAAAUAUAUAUCAAACAAAACAUGCCCAGAUCCACCAGGAAUCGUAGUUCAAGUCCACAGAAGAUGGCAACUCAAGCUGGAACUGACAACCUCAGUGAAACUAAAAGAAAGGAAAGAGACAAGCUCUACCAAGAGAUUCAGGAAAUGUUCCAAGAUACUAUUGAUCAUGAAGUGGUCCACCUAGUGUUAACGGAGUGUGAAUGGAGAGUCGAUGAAGCUAUCGAGACACUGUUUGCAAUGAGCCAGGAUGAACUAUCUGAGAGGAAAGUUGUGUCCAAAAGCACUGAUCUGGAUGUCAUAGCUUGCAGCCUUAUUGGAGAGGUCGAGAGUCACCACAAACCUCAUUCAACGAGUACUAUGGAAAAAAACCGAAUAACUAACAACAAUGAGCCUGUUUUACAACCGUUGGAAAACUUAGACCCUGUUGAGAUGGUAUUGAGUAGAAAUCUUUCUGAUCCACCAGAAAAGGAAACAGAAAAGUUAGUGCAGGACUUGCUGACAUCAGAAUCGUCAUCCUUCCCUGGGGAUAUGUCCAAUGUAGAGUAUCAGACUUAUGUGGACAUGUAUAAUGUUUAUGGCACAUAUGUCCCAGAGAUCAUGGAAUCAAUUAAAUUAAAAGAUGAACCUUUAAGAAAUUCACAAGAUAUAAAAUCAUCCCUUUCACAAUCUGACGAAGGUGAUUCUGUGAUUUCAUCACCUACAAGUGGAAUUUCAAACAUAGGUCUACUUGAUCCAAUAUGUUUACAGAAAAGUAAUAAAUGUCAUGGGAACAGAAACAGCUGUCCGUCAGAUAAGCUGUAUGUUGACACAGCCCCACAUACACUCAGCCUGUAUAGUAGUGACACUGUUAGCACAGGACACAAGGCUCUGCACACAUUGCUGGCAGAGGAUACCAAAAUUAGUCAAAUGGAUACAUUUGGUCCCUUGAAGGGGAAAAAGUCCAUUUUAGCUCAAGAUUCAGGAAAGGCGUCUUCCAAGGGAGGUAAUUCAAACACUCUAGGUCAUUUGCAGAAACAGUUGGCAAAAUCUGAUGUAAGUAUUGGUGCACUCACAGAUAAUGGUGACACAACAUUGAGAGACGGUGGUGAUGCAAGUGUGGGUGAAUCUGACCAAGACAUGUUUUCUGCAACACACAAUAAAACAGAGGACAAAGGACAUUCAGAUUUAAUUAGUAUGGCCCCCUUGUCAGUAGAAGCAGCUGUGUUUGUACCCAGGUUAGCAUCCACCCAACCUCCUCCAGGCCUCAGUCAGUGGGUCCCGGCCAGGCAGCUGGAAGGAAAUCCUAUCUUCAUGACCCCUAAAGGGCCGCAUCCACGAAGUCGCCUAUCACCCAAACAUUAUCCAAACAGAUCCCCAGGUUUACCCCAUUCAAGAUGGCAGAGGCCCAGCACUCAUCCCACUCAGCCAAAGCCCCUUCAGCCUCUAUCAUCUAUGGCAGCACAGAAUCCUUACAAGUUCUCAGGGUCAGUACUCCAGGCCAUUCCACCUCCUCCAUCAUCGGACCACUUUCCAACAAUGCCAGAGAGAAGCAUAGGACCAGUCCGUCAAGUACAAGGCAGCAAUGCAUCUCAGAUGAUCUACUCCAAGGCAGCAGCCAAACCGGUACCAACUCCAGACUGGGCAACACAGCCUACUUCACACUCCAUACCAGCCAGUAAUAACCAAGUGAUAUCCUGUGCUGAGCAGAUAGAGCAAGUGAAGACAUAUAUGGUCAAGGGGAGACAACUCCUGGUGAUCCUCAGGGGAUUACCGGGCAGCGGCAAGACAUACCUUGCUAGGGAGAUUGUGUUUGAGGGGGCCAUCUUGUCCACUGAUGACUACUUCCUGCACUGCGGAGAGUACCGGUACAACCAGGACCAGCUGACUGAAGCACACACCUGGAACAAGCAGAGAGCAUGUGAUGCUAUGGAGAGACAUGUGAGCCCUGUGAUCAUUGACAACACCAACACCAUGGACUGGGAGAUGGUGCCCUACGUCAAGAUGGCAGUGGCAAGAGGAUAUGAUGUAGAAGUGCUAGAACCCAGUACACCGUGGAAGUUUCACCCUAAAGUUCUAGCCAAGAGGAACAGCCAUGGUGUGGGUCGGGAUGCCAUCAGGAAGAUGAACCAGAGAUACCAGCACAAUGUCACAGCUGCAGGAUUGCUGGCCAGGAUCUCUCAACACAACAGCAUUAAAGAAUCUGCAGAUGCAAGAGAUGGCUCCCCUCUCAAGCCUCAGAAGGAAGGUGUGAAGACCAGUGUUCGACUGGUCCAGUAUGAUCUUUCGUCAGAGGAAGAACAAGAGGAUGUCAUGAAGGUGCCACCACAGGGGAAAGCACCAGUGUGUCUAACACCCAUGUCAAUCAAACAGGGCACCAUGCCAGCGACACCAAAAGUGCUCAAGUUGAACUUGAACAUAAAGAAGCCACUGACAAACAAGCAGGUCAAAGAGAGUGGAAGUGCACCAGGUUCCCCUAAAAAGAGGAAGAGGAAAAAGAGGAAAGCCAGUUCAUCCAAGUCUGAGGUGAUGCAGACGAUCGAGGAGAUUUUUCAGAGCUGUGGUGAGGGUGAGAUAGAUGAGGGUGAGAUCCAGGCACUGCUGUUCAUGAGUCCACUGUCGGAAGCAGAGAAACAGGACAUCCAAGUCUGGCUCCACGAGAAGCUUGAUAACAGGAAAACUAUAUGUUCUGUUCCCAUAAGGGAAGACCCAAAUGCCAAGGUUGUUGAGGACAUUCAGAAUGAGGGUUGUAUGAUGAAUAGCUGUGACAGUCUGGAGAAGGAGUUGAAUGACAUUGCGCCCACAGAGUUGACAGCUGCUGUGGUUAAGGCUAAAAGUGUUGUCACCACAUGCAGAGAGGGUGUUGGUAUUGAAAACAUGUCAGAUCUUAGAAAGCCAUCAUAUGAAGGGGAUGAUGAUGCUGAGGCAAGGAUGACGACACUAGAUGUUGAUGCCAGUGACAACUGUGACAAUGAACCUUGGUCACAGAAACACACGAGACCUAAACCGAGGAGAUGUCGUCCCAGAAGGAGAAGCCAAAAUCUUAGGGAAAAUGCUGACCAAAAUGAUUCCACCCUUGAGAAGGAAAAGGACUACACGACCGAAGCAGAAAUAUCUGAACAACAAACACAGUUUUCUAUAUCAAUGGAAGGUUUUAAAAGGGAUGAAAAAGAGGUAGAUGAAACUGAAACAGUGGAUGUCCUAGCUGUUUGGGGAGUACCAACACCAGAUGGAGAACAAUUCAACUCGAGCAACACUGGUGGAAGAAGCAAAGGAGAAACAACUGCAGAUGCAUCUAAAGUUGAAAUCUUUGAAGGAGUAAGAGCUGUUAACCAGGAAGUGAUCACUGAGGUUGAUGAAAUGACGUCAAGAGGUUUUGUAAGAGAAGAUGUUGAGGCAAUAGCAGAGGUCAAAAAGAAAGUGUCAGUAUCUGGUAGUGAUGGACAAAAGACAGGUGAUGGAAAUGAAGCUGUUCCUGCUGAAGUGACUGACAUUGAACACACAAAAUGUAUUGGCCAAUGUUUUGAGCCAAGCGAGAAGGUUGGAGAUACAUCUGAGGAUUCUGAGGAAGCUUUUGAAUCUUUUGAUUCAGAUGAAUUUGAGGUCAUAUGUGGGGAAACUGGCACAAAUAGAAAAUUAGCAUGUGACCAACGAGAUGAAAAAGGUAUCAACAAGGAAGAGAAACAUGAUGAUUCCUUCCUCAGCUUGUCCGUGAGUUCCAGAGAAGAAGAUGAUGGACUUAGAGCUGUGGAUACAUCUGUGGAUACAUCUGUGGCGGAUGAUGAAAUGGAAGUUGGGCAAGAGGACCACCAGCCUCUUGUCCAUGUAGUAUGUCAACAAAACGACAUCCAGGACUCUUGGUGUCAUCGACAAGAAACUAAAGAUGAAAAUGAGACUUCAAAUGAAACUGGAGCUUUUUAUCCAUGUGAACCAAAUGAAGAUUCACUAAUUGUCAAACUAGAAGACACUAGUACUGUUGCCAAGGUAGAUAUCGCAUGUGCGAGUAGCGAAGUAUCCAGGCUUAAGACUUGUAAUGAAAAAGGCAAUUUUGGAAAUAAUAAUAGUGAUGAGAAUGAUGACCCUGAUAAACAGCUGUGUGAAACCAUCACAGGUCAUUGUAACUCAACUAAUAUUGACAUGGCUCCAAUGUUAAAAGGAAAUAACACAAUAACUAUUCUCGGUGCAGAUCUCAAAAAGUCUCAUGAAGAUUCCCUUAUCCACAAAACACCUAUCGCAAAGAAAUCAAAAACUGUACGGAAGAAACAAGAAAAUGUGGUUUUUCAAUUUUUAGAUGAUGAUUCGAAACAGAAAUUUCAGACUGAAAGUUGGAGUUCCUUUGGACUCACUACACCGGCACAACCCUCUGCUUCAAGGGUCAGUGACAUGCAGAAAUCAGAACCUAAGGGUAGAAAAGUUGCAUGCAGAUCCCAUUAUUCAUUUACAAGUUCAAAGGACUUUGCAUUCAUGACAGAUAUUAACUGCAACAAACCAUUACACCAGAUUAAAGAUUCAAAACUAUAUACUGUCUUAUUGGGAAAAUCAAGAGACAUCAAUUUUGAAAAGACUCAGAGAAUGAAAACAAAAUCACACAGUUCGAGAGAAGAAAGAAAACAUGAUAGUCUAACUUUGGACAAAGGCUGUAUGACUGAUGAGAAGGAUCUGCAAGUCCCGGCUGAUGUCGAGUUCCUUGUGAAAGCAUUCCCUGGUGCUGAGGAGAAUCAUCUGCGUGAUGCCCUGGAUAUAUGUCAGGGCAAUGUUGAGUGGACAGUAAAUCUGCUCCUGGACUGGGGAGAAUCAGUGCCAUUUUCAUCAGUUGACAAAGAGGAAAUCUCCACUCAAAUGAAGCAGAAGACCCCUGACAAGACCAUAAAGCUUGCUAAACAGGCACUUGGCACAAAAAGUCCCCUGUCACUUUUUGAUUUGUGUCAGAAGGCCAUUGAGGCAAACAGUUUGGCCAGCAACGAUGAGCUGCAAGACAAAGUCAUUAAGACAGGGUACCAGCGCCUUCAGAGGAUGGAGAGUCACAGCAUGAUGCGUGUGAGGAGCUUCAGUCAGAGUGAGUCAAGCUUGGCAAAUGACAGUCUGCUGAGUGAUAUUAUACAGGAUAGCAGCUCUGUGUUAUCUGAUGUCUACAUCAGCCCAGAUAAGCUCAGGAGUCCCACGGAGAGACAACUCCCAUCUCCAGUUCAGGACAUUGGUGCCAGUACCGAGGGGGACUGGGGAGUUGAGGAGGACUGGUCGGAGGAAGACAGGUGUGUGCUGGAGGGUGAUGCCCAUGUGACACUCCCAGUGCCAGAGGAGCUGGUUAGAGAUUUGGAGGAGCUGUUUGGGCCUGUGCAGUCAAGCCUAACUGGGUGCGAGUCGUUUGAGGUAACCCUGGACAUGAGGACAGCCAAGCGUUUGUUUGAAAACCUGCAGAGGAGGCCAGCAUCCCGAGGAGCCCAUAUCAGACAGCAAAGUGAAGAAUUUAGAAAACAAGAUGAGUUGAGGAGGCAGAGUGAAGAGAAGUCACGAGAGAAACAGCUUCGUGAGGAUGAAGCCCUCGCCCGGAAACUACAACAGGAAGAAAACCAUGGCCCACACCAGGGGAAGGAGACUCCCAGUUCUAUUCUAAGAAACGUGAAGUCAGCACAAUUAUUUGAGCCCCCGGGCUUCCGGCAGCAGGGGAGUGGCACUCACGUAAUCAGCAGGAGGCGGACGGCACCCACGUACAACCUGAUGGACAUCAUGAAAGAGGAGGAAGCCAACCAGCAGAGGAGGGAAGAGCAGCUGAGGGUGCUGGAUGCCACGGGAGAUAGGAUGGCCAUCUCCACCAAGCUGAAGAGACAAAAACUGUAUAACCAAUUCCCAGGAGUCGAUGAGAACUUCCUGGAGGAAAUAUUUGAAGCAAAUGGGUUCAGCCUGGAGGAGACCGUGGAUGUCCUACGUGAGGCGGUGGGCAGGACGCGGUCACCACGGCAGGCGGGAACAUUUGCCCAACACAACAUGGGAGAUGAUGACCUCAAAGAAAAUGCCAAAAAGAAGAGUCUCCAAGAUCUGGUUGACCAGUCGUGGCAGCAGCAGCAGCACCCAGCAGGGACGUCGGAGUACCAGGAUGGGGCAGGAGGCAUGGACUACGACAACAUCCGUGGGGAGGCCAACAUACACCAUAAGAUGAGGAAUGAGUGCUUUCAGAAAGCUCAGGAGGCCUUCCGACGCGGUAUGAAGGAAGUGGCCUCAUUCUAUUCACAGCAGGGACAUCUGCACACAUGCAAACUGAAGGAAGCCAACAUGAGGGCCUCACAGAAAAUCAUGGAACACAGGACAUCCUUGAUGCAGCAGGGGACCCUGGACCUACACGGCUUCCACGUGGAUGAGGCUGUCGCUAUACUCAAGUCGGUCAUUGAGGACAGAGAGAUAGACCUGCAAGCACGACCUUACCGGAGGAAACAGUCCUUGUUUGUCAUCACUGGAAGAGGCAGGCACAGUCGUGGGGGCGUGGCAAAACUCAGGCCAGCGAUCAUCAGCCAUCUCAACAAUAUGAACUAUAGAUACAUGGAGCAGCAGCCAGGGCUCUUCAAGAUAUUCCUGCAGUAUCGGGCAUAACAGUGCCAGUUUUCUACUUAUCCUGUGAUAUGUACCUGCUCUCCUGACAAGUCUAAUAUUUACAAGUCUAUAUGUAUAGAAAUUAUGUAUACUAUUACACUAACAACCUUCUACACAAAUCAUUUUCAUCUUGGACAUAGUGUUGAUGUCUUGUAGAUAUGUAAAAUAUGUAAAUACUUCACCCACGCUACAUUCCCAUCUUGUCAUACACUUGUGCCUUACACUGGGAUUUGGGAAGGCUAUUUAGGAGAUAAUCAUACUGUUUUCAAUGCAGCUUUGUUACCUUUAGAUUUGACCACUCUAAAUUAAAUUUGCGAACCAAACAGAGACAACAGCUUUUAAACAAAAUUAAGCGCUUUUCUACAUACGACCGACAUAUCUUUGGCAUCCCAAUGAGCGAGCGAUAUGACAUCAUAGUGACGUGCAGUAUAGAACGAAACCUUUGUUAGGCUUGCUUAAUUUUCUUUAGGGGUGCCCACCGCAUGUUACCUUACGGAGCUGCUGUCUACAUGCUCUCAAUGUCAUAUGUUCGAGUGAACGGUAUUAUUUAAAUAUACGUACCGACAAGGACUGAGAAAGAAGUACUGUUCUAUAAAUAUUAGUCUCUGCAGUGCCAGCUAUGUUAUGCUGACCCACUUUACAACGUGCCUUGCCGAUAAGCCAGGAACAAAGAACAAUGUGGCUGGUCCACCUGCUGGCUGGGGACAUGGUACAGGCAGACUUCAUUCAUCAAGCUGUACAAGGGAGGUUAGAUACAAGAUGUAUUAAAAGAGCUGUGAACAACAAACAUUUCGUCUGUAGAGAAUGUGGACAUUCUGUGAACUGUUUGACAGUGAAAAUACCUCAGAGUUUGCAACUGUUUCACCCUUAAGACAUCUAAACUGUUAAUAAAACAACAGUAAAACUCUUAUCAGUAUUUAUCAGAUGAUGGUACUUUUUUUGCUGUUCAUACACUAUUGAUGCCAAGAAUACUAUUUUGUUGUGAAACUUUGCAUCCAGAAUGACUGAAAUGAAUAAUAUGCUUUUGGGGUCUUAUCAACAGGGUUUAUUAGCAUGAUAGUCAACAUGAUUUUUUCAAGUAAACAUACUAUCUUUUAAAAUAAUUUUUAUUUUUGUACAUGUUUUUAGAUGUAAUGUCAUAUACACCUAUUUCUGUCCAAUUGAAGGACUAGUUUGGAGUGUUAUGGAGUACUGGCUGGCCAGUCAGUCAGAUCUUACAAGUGUCUGGAGAUGCUGGUCGCCACUGACUGUAUGGACUAGUAUUUUGUACUCUUAUAGAUAAAGCUCUCUAUAUUCCCUAUCUAUUUUAAUUUUCUUAUUGUUGCUGAAUUGUUAUUACAUUGAAGUGCUUUAAAAUUCCAUAAAGAUGUGUUUACAA